AUGCUCGUAUACGUUGAAACACAGUCUCUUGCCGCAAUUAUCGAGUUGAGUGUUUGGGGGACAUUUACCUCCAACCAGGUGGUCAAAAACAUCACUCCCAUGAAGACCAUUGGUGGAAUCGCAGAGGUAACUUAUCAUGGCAAGGUGGCAGUCAACGAUGACAAGUAUAAAUGGGAUCUUAGCGACGAUAUGCCAAACACUAACAAUUUCUAUAUCAAGGCCGCGUACAUGAUGGUGUACGUGAAGGGUAUCAAUGUCUUCCCGUUCUCGGGCGCGUUCAAUAUCAGGGACAAGAAUGGGUCGAACAGAGGUAACAGUAGCGGCUAUGGGAAUGGCCUUUCAGGGAGUCCUCUAACUGCUACGAGCUCUUCAAUUACCAUGACUUCGUCGGCUUCUGUCUCCGGUGCCUCUUUGCUGAACCCUGCUACGUCAGCUUCCCAGGUUGGCGAAAUGGUUCCUACCAAGGCUGCUGCUAUGGAGCCGGCAUUAUAG